CCAUGUCAUCUUCUUCAUGUAAAGAUUUGACCUUUGACUCCUCCAUCUCUCUUUCUUCUUCUUUUCCUUCAAUGCCAUAGCUCCAAGGUUUGAUUUUUUUCCAUCUUCUUUUUAGCAGAGCCUAGGGUGGCAUCUUUCUUGAUCUUUGUUUAUUACUGAUGUUAUAGCGUGCUUGAAUUCUUUGAUUUGGAUUUCGCUGUUACGGCUGCGUGUUUCUGCUAGAGUUAAAACCAUGCCCAAUUUGUUGUUCUUGGUUUUGCCCAUAUGGUGUUUGAUAUUUGUCUCCUCAGAACUUGACCCUGUGGAUAACUAUCUGAUAAACUGCGGAUCAUCUGAAAACACAACCGUGGGUGCCCGGGUUUUCUUUGCUGACCAAUUGAAUUCCACCAUUCUUUCAACCCCGGGCGAGGUUUUCGCCAAAGCAAGCUCAGAUCUUCUUGUUCCAUUUCCCUUCAACUACAUUUCUCCUCUUUAUCAGACUGCAAGGGUUCUCAAUGGAACCUCUGAGUUCGUUUUUCCAAUCAAGAAACGUGGCCGGCACUGGCUACGCCUGCAUUUUUUCCCGUUCGUUCAAGAAAACCAUAACCUAACGUCUGCUAGAUUUUCUGUUUCAGCCCAGAAUUUCACUCUCUUGACAAACUUCCAGCCUUCAAAUGCCUCCCCACUUAAGGAGUAUUCCUUGAACAUAAGUAGCAAUCAGCUGGUUCUUGUUUUUACCCCUGCUGCCAAUUCAUUUGCUUUCAUUAAUGCCCUGGAGGUGAUUUCACUUCCUGAUGAGGUCAUACCUGCUGGUGCUGGGUUGAACACUCCAGAAGGAAGUGUGCAAGAUCUAAGGGCACAUGCCCUGGAGACUGUUAUGAGGGUAAACAUGGGAAAUGUAACAAUUCCCCCUCAAAAUGAUACCUUGGGGAGGUUAUGGUUUCCUGAUGCUAGAUUUCUUAAGAGCAGUAAUCUUGUUCAGUUUGUAACAAAGCAAGAAGGCCUAAAUUAUUCUGCAGGAGGGGAGACAGAAAAUAUUGCUCCUCCUCUUGUGUAUGAAUCAGUUACCAGAUUGAAGCAGGUGGAUUUUAGCAUUCGGUUUAACGCCACAUGGCAGUUCGAUGUGGAUCCUGGUUUCGAGUAUCUAAUCCGGUUCCACUUCUGUGAUAUUGUUAGCGAUUCUUCUAAUGAACUCUUGUUCAACAUUUUCGUCAAUUCUCUCAUUGUUUCUGCACAUCUUGACCUCAAGAAAAAAACCUCAAAGGCCAUUUCUGCUCCUUACCACAUGGAUGUUGUGAAAAGGCUAGUCACCAGUGGUGAUCUAAGCGUAACGAUUGGCCCAUCCGAGAUGCGCAAUGUGUUACCAGAUGGAAUCCUCAACGGGCUGGAGAUCAUGAAAAUAAGCAAUUCCAAGAACAGUCUUGUGGCUGAAAUCCAGUUCCCAAAAGCUAGCUCCAAGUCUAAAAGAUGGGUGGUGAUUGGAUCAGGAUUUGGAGCAGUCUGUUUAGUUGGUUUGGCUUUGGCAUCUAUUUUGGUUCACCGAAGUAGAAGAAGAAGGGUAGUUAUCGAAUUGAGUAAAUAUUCUGAAGAACCGUCUUCCGUUUUGAAUUCCAAGACCGGGUAUCUCAUCCCUUUUAAGGCAGUUCAAGAGGCUACAGACAAUUUCUGUGAAGAGAUGAUUAUUGGCAUUGGUGGUUUUGGAAAGGUUUACAAGGGAAUGUUGAAGGACGGCACGAAAGUGGCUGUCAAAAGAGGAAACCGUCAUUCAAACCAAGGGCUAUCUGAGUUCAUGACUGAGAUAGAAAUGCUCUCUAAGUUCAGACACCGGCAUCUGGUGUCCUUGAUAGGGUACUGCGACGAAAUGAAUGAGAUGAUCAUAAUCUAUGAGUACAUGGCGAAUGGCGCGCUCAAGAAUCAUUUAUAUGGGUCAGAACAUCUCCUUCCUAAGUUGAACUGGAGACAAAGGCUUGAAAUCUGCAUUGGAUCUGCAAGAGGGCUUCACUAUCUCCACACUGGUUCUGAGAAGGCUAUCAUCCAUCGCGAUGUAAAGUCAGCUAACAUAUUGCUCGACGAGAACCUCAUGGCCAAAGUCGCGGAUUUCGGGCUGUCCAAAGACGGGCCCGAAAUGGACCAGACACAUGUCAGCACAGCAGUGAAAGGGAGUUUCGGGUAUCUUGAUCCAGAGUACCUGACACGUCAGCAGCUGACCGAGAAGUCGGAUGUUUACUCCUUCGGAGUCGUCAUGCUCGAGAUCCUGUCGGGAAGGCCCGUAAUCGACCCGUCCCGGCCCAAAGAAACGGCAAACCUGAUAGAAUGGGCAAUGAAAGAGAUGAAGAGAGGGGAGUUGGAAACCAUUCUUGAUCCUCACAUCAUCAAGGAAGGGCUAAAAAUGGAGUCUUUACAGAAGUUUGCAGAGACAGUGGAGAAGUGCCUGGCGGAGUGUGGGCCCGACCGUCCCACAAUGGGAGAGGUCCUAUGGAACUUGGAGUGUGCCCUUCAGCUCCAAGGCAGAGAAGAUAAAAGAACUGGGGAGGGUACCCCAAGCACCCCUCCCGACGAUAUCAGCACCUCCACGACUCCGUUCAGUGUUGCGAGUAUGGGUGAUCUUGAAGGUGUUUCCAUGAGUAGAGCUUUCUCCCAAAUGGUAAAGUCUGAUGUGAAAGAUUUGAGUGACAAGAUAUGAAAGUGUAUAUAUACAUUUUUUUUUAAAAAAAAUCUUGGAUCUGUAUACUCUGUGACUCAUUAAGAGAUCUGAAAGCAUGCUGGAUUUUUAUGAUUCUUCUGUUAUUUUAGAUACCUGAGAAACUAUCUUUGGUGAAUGUUUGGUCUGUUGAAUAUCUAUAUAUGUAUUCGUUGGUUAUAUAUAGUUCAUGUUUACCUACAUAAGAAUCUGAUUCACAAAUGAGUUUUGGAUUAAUUUCUUAGGGGACUAUUUAAGAAUCUAAUUGACAAAUAAGUUUUGUGCUUAUCU